AUGAUGAAAGAGUACAGAGCUCAGCUAGAUGCUGAAAGGGCAAGCAAGCUUUCCCAAGGAAGAAACCGCUCAAGUAGGAAAUCUAGUCACAAGAAGGGUAUGUAUAGGGAUAAUGACAAGAAAGAUAAGGAUUCAAAGAAGCGUAGCAGCAAGAAGAGAAAGCAUUCCAGGAGAUAUUUGGAGUCUAGUUCAAGUUCGUCCUCGGAAUCUUCGAGUAGUGAUGAUGAAAAGAGGGAAUCAAGAAGAUCAAAAUCAAGAUCUAAGGGAAGAAAAAAAGAAAAAAGGCAUAGGUCAAGAUCCAAGGAUUCUAGCAGUGAUAACGAAGAAACUGGUGGGCCGUUGCCACUUUCUCGAUUCUUUGGGGGUAUGAAAAGCUGA